AUGGCGGACCUGAAGGACAAGGUCGUGCUCGUGACCGGCACUUCAAACGGCAUCGGCGCUGCAACUGCACAACUAUUCCUCUCCCAUGGAGCCAAAGUCGCGGCUUUGGACAUCGUGGACGCCUCCGACUCAUCAAGCUCAAGCUCCGACCUUCUCAACAUCAAAUGCGACGUCUCUUCCGAAGAAUCCGUCACCGCCGCCAUCAAACAAGUCUUGGAUAAAUGGGCUACUAUCGACAUCGUCUGCAACGUCGCCGGUGUUAUGGAUCAGUUCGAACGCACGGGAGACGUCUCAAACGAGAUGUGGAACCGCGUCCUGAAUAUCAACCUCCAUGGCCCGUUCAACGUCAUGCGCGCCGCCAUCAAGUAUUUCCUCACCAAGGAGGCCGAGCAGAAAGGCCGGAUCGUCAACGUCGGCUCGCUCGCAUCCGUCAAAGGCGGCACCGCAGGGGUGGCGUACACGACGUCCAAGCACGCGUUGCUCGGCCUCUCCCGCAGCACGGCAUGGAUGUACGCCAAAGAGGGGAUUCAAACGAACGUCCUGUUGCCCGGUGGUGUUGCGACGGAGAUCUUGAAGAAUAGCAGGGCUGUUCCGGACAAGGUAGGUCUGGACACGGUGAUGCCGACCAUGGCGACACAGUGCGGGAACUGUGACCCCAUUGACGCGGCGAACGCGAUCGUGUUCUUGGCAACUGCCGUGGGGUUGAACGGGUCGGAAUUGCGCAUCGACAAGGGCUGGUCAGUGGCUUAA